AUGGAUCGGCAGCCUCGGAUGUUUCGGAUUGUCGCGAAAGACGACAAUCGUCUAAUCCUUGCUGUCGAAUGGUGCCACAGCAUUGGGUCCAAGUUGAUCCACAGCAACCUGACUUGCCACCGAAGCACUGACCAUCCGUGGCCGAACGAAAUAAGACCCAUAGCGAGGGCACUGCGAAUGGCGGACGACGACCUGCACUUAUUCUAUUGGUGCGAGGACGAAGACAAACAACUACUCGCGCUGGGUUUGGGAAGCAACAAGAAGAGGCAAACGCAAGCCAUGCACGUUGCUUACGAUCUAUGUCGGUCCUGGUCCAAAGAUGGGAAUCGCGCGGCUGCAGCAAAAACGAUCUUUGUAGAUCCAACAGAGUAUUACUCGGAUGACUAUAUUCCACCCGGCAGUGUUUCAGCAAUGUCUAGCCCGCAGUUGUGCAACUAUGCCGUAGCCUUGCACAAGUACAACCACCUCAACUCCGAAGCGGUUGAAGGCUUCUUCUUCAGUGUUUUGGAGGACGCGCGUCAUUUCUUCAACCGCGUGAAGUACGGCGAGUGGCCGGCAGCCCUGAUCGCUGGGGGAAAACAAGUUGAAGCUUGGAGUUAUAGCCGGAAAAACAUGUUUGAUUCGGCGUGGAAGUGGUGGAGCGAGGCACGAGCAACAGGCUCCGCGGUUCCAGAGUCAGAGGAAUCGCCACCUCCUUGUGAUGCCAUCAACUUGGAGGCAGAUGCGGAAGGCAUCGAGAUGGUCAAAUGGAUCAAAGCUUCCUUCAACGGUGAGGAAGACACCGUGGAGAGGGUGUUUGAAAAGAUGCGCCGUGAAAUCCAGUCCAACAUCAAGCAAGAGGAAAUCAUCCUGACGGUUCCUGUGAGCGAGGUGCUCUUCACACAGAAACAGUGCCACCCUUAUUUUAGGUGUGAGUGUGAACGCAGGCGGAUGUCUUAUGAGUGCCAGCACUGCCCGACAAGAUCAGUGCAGAGGACCGCAGAGGAGAUCGUUCGUGGCAUGGAUCCCUCAACCGAGAAAUGGGCCAUGCUUGAAGUUGUCAUGUACCAUGGGCGUUUCAGGUCCAUUGACAACAGAAGGCUAGCCGCUUUUCGUCGUGCACAGGAACUGCUGCGAGAGCAGGGUUCGGAGCGAGUAGUUCGGACAAGGAUUCGGGUUUUUGUCUGGCGCGACGAGUUCUGGAGAUUCUGGGACCACAUGGACUACCGGAAUGACCCUGAUGGCGGGGAGAGCAUUCAUAUCAAAGGUCACAAAAGGCGCAGAGAGGAAGGAGCCGAGGGUGGCAGAUCCUUCUAUGAAGGUGGCCGGCGGCCUCGUCGCAGCUGGCACCACCAUGCCUAUUAA